UUCAUGUGCUGUUCCCAUAUUCUAAUACAUAAACUUACUUCAUUUGUUUCUGCUUCUCCAGACCACUUAGUUUAAAUAUUCUCACUGUCCAUAAACAUUUACUACUACUAGCAAAUAUAACAAAGAACCCCUCAUAAGAGUCUUACCAAAUACAACAGCACACACAAAUGCCAUUCAUUACUCGUAAACAAUUCCCUGCCCUUAUAAAACACACAACAAACUUAAGUUGUUUUCUUUAUCCAGCAAGCUACAUUUCCCUCAAGUCUCUCUUUUUCCCCUUAGUAACAUGGUUUCCAUAGAAGGCACCAUUAGAUCCGAUGAGCCAACGUCUAGUCCACGAAUUUCCUUCUCUUCAGAAUUUCUUGAUGAGAAAGACUUCAUAUCCAUUACUCCAAAUGCACAAGGUGAGAAAGAGCGAAAAGAUCAACAAGAGAGAUCAACACGAAGUACAGCUGAAUUCGAGUUCCUCUCGAGCAAGUUAACCAACGAAAACAUGAUCACAGCAGACGAGCUUUUCUUCGAGGGUAAGUUACGUCCCUAUUGGCAAAUGCAUUAUGCUGAAAAGCUCAACAAAAUUAGUUUAAAAGCUGAAGAGGAAAUAUUGAACAAUACCGAUGUCAUGAAGAGUAAGGAAGACACUACUAGGCCAAUAAAUUGGUUUAUUGAUGAAGAUCCUUCUCCUAGGCCACCAAAAUGCACUGUUUUAUGGAAAGAGUUACUAAGAUUGAAACAGAAAAGAGCUUCUUCAUUAUCACCUUCUUCUUCGACUUCUUCCUCUUCUUCUUCUUCUUCAAGUUCACUUGCUGAUAAUGAAAAAAGCAAAGGGCAAGCAAUCAAAGAGAAACAUGUGAAGAGGAUUAAGAAAGGAUUAGAGAGGUGUAAAUCAGAAACUUUAAGAGUUAGACCUGUGCUUCAUGUGCCAAUUUGCUCACAGGGGAAAAACACUGCAUUGCCACCUCUGUUUUCACUUAAGAAAAAAGGAAGAGCAAUUGAAAGAAUUUAGCCAUUGUUGGUCAUUGUGUAGAGAUGUUCUUUCUAUUCGAUUUGGUUUCGAAGCUUCUUUUAAUUUCAUCCUUUUUCAUGAGUUUAGAUUACAUGUUUUUGUCAUAGGAAUUUACCUUAGCAUUUUGAUGUGUUCAUUUCUUGUAAUGUAAUGUAUGUGAAACUUAUUCCAUCUAGUUUAUCAAGAGUUAUUGUAAUCUAACAUUUCUAGCUUUUGUUUUCAUGCAAAGAAAUAGUGAACCAACAAGGCA